AUGAAAUAUCUUCAAAGUACACCAAAACCUGCUGAGAAUAUGAAUCCGUUCAAAAAGAGAAGGUCGGGUGAAGCGGACACGACCGCCUCUACAAAAUCCUCAUCCUCACAAAACAGCACCGGUCAAUCAUCUCAACAAAACGCUAUUACUCUUUCACGUAUGUUGCAUAGAAUCCAAGCAGACAUUGCUGUCAAAGAGCAACUUGUCGCGCAAUUGGAACGCGCCGAACAAGAAUUCACAUUCAUGCGAGCCCAAUAUGAACAACAAUUGGCUCAAAUGCAAGAAAAUUUGAUUAAUAUGCAACGUGAAAGAAAUUCAGCUGUAAAACGUACACAAAAUUCAAGUACUGGCGUAAGCACUCGUGACAAGAGUUCGAUACUUGCUGAACUUAAAGCUCGCUAUGAACAUAAGAUGAAACGUUUGAUUCAAGAAAUUGGUGAUCUUCGCCGUAAAUAUAACGAAGCAACCCAAAAAAGUAAUGUCGAGAAGAAUCAAAACGAAACAAUGCUUAGAAGCAUGAGAUCUCAAGUCGAACAUCUUAAAAAUGAAAAAUUGAGAUUGAUCAAACGUAUGAAGUCUGAGACCGAAAAGAUUCGUGAAAUGACUGAACGUAACGAACGUGAAGUUCAAAGCCUACGUCGUAAAGAAAAGGCUGCACAAGAACAAAGAAAACGACUUGAGAAAUCAAACGAAAUGCAAAAACUUAUGCUUGAAAAACGUCAAAAGGAAGUUUUAUUAACAACUGGUAAACUUAAAUCAGUAAUGACCUUACUCAAACGUACUUCAACACCAAAAUCCAUUGCAAAAGCGUUCCGUAAUACCAAACGUGGUAAAAUAACUAGUGGCAGCGCUGGUAAUAAUGGCAAUGAUGAAGAAGUUAAAGUUAGUAGUGAUACUGCGAGAAGAACUUCGGAUGAUUUGGUUUUAAUUGAAGAAGAAGUAUUUGCAAGUGGUAAAGAGAAGAAGAAACAACUUGAUGAAGCAAUCUACAAGUAUAUUACUGGUCGUCAAUCAUUGGCGUUGAUGGAUGAAUUGAUUCAGAAGCGUGAUGCAUUAGUUGCUGAGAAACAUGUGUUACUUUGUGAACGUGAAAAAACCAUUACUGCUGAGAACUCUGAUAAUAACAGUGAUAAUGGCAAUAACCAAGAUUUGGAUGAUAGGAUUGAAGUGAUAAAUUCGGAAGUUACUUAUAUGAAUGCUAGAAUUCGUGCAUUACAAUCUGAAGCUGCAAGAACUGCAGCAGCAGGAACGGAAAAACAAAGAAGAAGAUCCUCAGUGGAAAAAGUCAAUAAUGAUGAUAAAUCACCUAAUCAGACCUAA